AUGGCUGAGCUCUCAAGAGAAGAGCUAGACGAGAUUUAUGCGUUCGCGGUGGACCUGGGGAAGAAGGCGGGAAAGAUGCUUAUGGACGCGGCCCAAGCAAGAAUGAACAGCGAGAACGCAACAACAGAAGAAAAACAACACGUACAAAAAGAGAAUGCAGUAGACUUAGUAACCGAAACCGACGAAAAUGUCGAAGCCUUCAUCAAGACAAAAAUCCAAGAAAAAUAUCCCUCACACAAAUUCAUCGGCGAAGAAACCUACUCCAAAAACGCCUCGCGCGACUACCUAAUCGACGCCUCGCCAACAUGGUGUGUCGACCCUCUUGACGGAACCGUAAACUACAUCCACCUCUUCCCCACCUUCUGCACGAGCAUCGGCUUCAUCCACAACCACAAGCCGCUCAUCGGCGUCAUCUGCGCCCCGUUUACCAACCAACUCUUCACCUCGUGCGCGGGUCGCGGCGCCUUCCUAAACGAAACCCAGCGCCUCCCGCUCAUCCAGAAACCCAGCAUACCGCCCAUGCCCGCCAAUGCGCCCGCAGGCUGCGUCUUCGCAUGUGAGUGGGGCAAGGAUAGACGUGAUACUCCCGACGGAAAUAUGCAUCGCAAGGUUGAAAGCUUUCUCAACAUGGCGGCGGAGAUUGGGGGCAGAGGGGGGAAAGGGGGGAUGGUACAUGGAGUCAGGAGUCUGGGGAGUGCGACGCUGGAUUUGGCAUAUGUGGCUAUGGGUGGCGCGGAUAUUUGGUGGGAGGGGGGCUGUUGGGAGUGGGAUGUUGCGGCUGGAAUUGCCAUUUUACAGGAGGCCGGGGGGUUGGUCACUACGGCGAAUCCGCCUGAGGAUUGGGCAAAUGCGCCGAUUGAGGAGGUGGCGUUGGGGAGUCGGUUGUAUUUGGCUAUUCGGCCGGCAGGACCGUCUGCGACGGAGACAGGACGUCAGAGUCAAGAAAGAACGGUACGCGAAGUAUGGAGGAGGGUACGACAUUUAGACUAUUCGCGUCCAGGAGCAUAG